GGCGCAUUAGCCAGCUACUUAGUUAGUUCCAUCGGCUAGUUAGUUAACUUAGUUGCCUAAGCGAAGCGCUGCUGUGUAGAACUAUAUGCGGAAUGCACUUGACUAAGCUACUACUCUGCAUAUCCUGCCUCAUGAGUCUGGGCGAGGCGCACAGCCUGCCGCCAGCGGUGCAACUGGGCGGUGCAAUAGUCGCUGCCGUCGAACAGGAUGCCGAGCAGGAGGCCGAACAGGAGGCAGCCGCCACGGCGGAGCAGCGCUGGCUGCCGCUGGCCGAGCAGCAGCUGCGGCAGCUGCUCAGUAGCGAGCUCAGCGUGGAGCAGCUGGCCAAGCUGCUGGACAACUGGACAACCGAAGCUCGCGGCAAGCAGCACAAACAGAAGAAGCUGCUGAAGAUGCUUUACCCGCUGCUGGGCGCCGCUGUGCUGGCCAAGUUAAUACUGUUGCCCUUGAUCUUGAAAUGGCUGACGGCGCUCUCGGCCUCAUCAUUUGUCAUGGGCAAAAUAGCUCUGGCUGCCGCCGGCCUGUUGGCCUUGAAAUCCAUCAUGAGUCCCACACACGAACGUCUAGAGAUUGUGCACGCCUCGGCGCCGGCGCUGAAAAGCUAUCAUGGGGAUCUCUCCUCGAGUGGCACCAGCUGGAUGCCAAUUAGACAGCAUUACAUACCGCUGGGCGUGGCCAAGGCGCAGGCUAACUUUGACAACAAGCCUUUUUUAUAGACAAAGUCUUGUGUCAGAUGCAGUCUUAUGUAAGUUAGUAAGUAUUAGCCGAGUCUUAAUCGAGUCUAUGUGAGUCUUAGCCAAGUUUUAGUAAGUCUUAGCCGAAUCUUAAUAAGUUUUAUCAGCUAAGCCUAACAGCUUUAAGCUUGAAAUUAAAAUAUUUUAUUAUUUUAUUUACAAUGAAUCGCAAAAGAAUAUAAAAAGUAAUAAAUUAAUUCAAAUGGGGCUUGAACCUUUUUCUUAACCACGAACUGCUUAGUUGGAUAAAAAAGAAGUCGAAGCUUAAACGAAG